UAAAAGAACACACACACACACACACAUACACACACACACACAUGAAAAAUUUAAGCAAAUGAAUGUAUUAUUCUAAAUUAAGUACUCUGAAAGAAAGGAGCAUUACGAUGGUUUACAUAACACAAACACAGCUGAAAUAGGGUGGGAUGGUGGGGAGGACUUCCCCAAGGAAGUGACAUUUGAGCUGAAAGGUCAAGGAUGAGUGGUUGGGGGAGGGGAGGGCAAAGCCAGCAGGUGAAAGGCCCUGUGAUCAAAGGAAAGGUAGGGCCUUUCUGGAACAGAAGGUGAGGGCUGUGGAACGCAGAAGCAGUGAGCGGUAAGGGACGGGAACGCUGGAGAGGCAGGUGGACAGCAGCCAGAGCAUGCGAGCCUCAGAUGCCAUGGAAGAUAAGCACUGGGUAUUUGUAUAAUGGCCACACAAACUAGUCAUGUCUUCCAUGGUCAAGAAAAUACGUUUCUGGAAAAGCACUGCAUGAAGAGAAAUAAUGACAGAGAACCAAAGAAGCAAUUGAACCAGAGGAAUAUCAGUGGACUUGGCCAAAGUCUAGACAACGGACUACUGGUUACACAUGUUAACCAGACACAGGACCUACUGAGACUGCAGGAGGAGGAGACCCAGCCCUCAGCCUGGGAGGACUCAGAAGAUUGGCUUCUAAGGCACAGCUUAAAGUCCGAGAAACUCACCUUGGCUGAGCUGCUAAGCCAGGGCACAGCCGUGCUGGAGGAGGGCAGCCAGGUCACGAGGAAAAUGUACGUCUCCACUGAGACCAUCCACCGGUUCGAAUCCAAGCUUUCUAAAGCUAUUGAACUCUACCAACGGAGAAUUCAGUGGCUCACAGAAAACAGCAAGAAGGCGUUUGGCCUCAUCAAGGGGGCCCGAGUCGGCAUCCUGGUGGAUGUGUCAGCUGUCAGCCGUGGCCCUCAGAAAGAGGAGUUCCAAAAGGACCUCCUGAGCCUCAUUGACGAGCAGCUGAGCCACAAGGAGAAGCUAUAUAUCCUGUCUUUCGGCACCACCACCAGCGCCCUCUGGCCCGACCCCGUGGACGUCAGCGCCUCCACCCUCCAGGAACUCAAGCUCUGGGUGAAGAAGCUACAACCUGAUGGAGGCAGCAACCUGCUACAAGCCCUGAAGAAAAUCUUUGCUCUGAAGGGACUGAAUUCUCUGGUGACCAUAAUGGGAAGCUGCCCAGAUCAGCCUUCCGAAAUCCUGUCCGACUACAUCCAACAGGCCACUGUGGGAAGGGACCUCAUCACCCACAUCAUCACCUACAAAUGCGAUGAUCAGGUGCCCCUUGCUGUUCUGAAGAACCUCGCAGAAGCUCUUGGGGGCUGCUACCACUGCUAUAGCCCAGAGACAGAGGUCUGCAGCAGCCAGGAGGUGGAUGCGCUCCUGGCAGAAAUCCGGAAGGCCCAGAGCCUUCAGGGCCACGUCCAAGCCCUGCACCAGAGCCCCUCCUGCGAGGAGCCCGCAGGUGCAAUGCAGGAGAUUUCCACAGAGAUUGCAAAAAGGCCUCUCAUGAGUCUUCUGCCUAAACCCCCGAAGCAUGAAGACCCCCUCACGAUUGCGUUCCCAGACUUGGACAAGACUUCUGCAGAGUGGCUAAAGACCAAUAGCCUGAAAGCCAAGAAGCUAAGCCUUUAUCAGGUUCUGGCACCCAAUGCGUUCUCUCCAGUGGAGGAAUUCGUGCCUAUUCUUCAGAAAACAGUAUCAUCCACUAUCCACGAGAAGGCAAUGGUGCAGUUUGAAUGGCAUGACGGGACAGUGAAGAAUAUCCACGUGGACCUGCCUUUCCUGUACGAGUAUCAGAAACAGCUCAGCAGAGCCAUGCGGAUGUAUGAGAGACGGAUUGAGUGGCUCUCCCUGGCCAGCAGAAGAAUCUGGGGCAUUGUCUGUGAAAAAAGGGUGGUUGUGCUGCUCGAUAUCUCGGUAACCAGUUCCAUGUACAUUAUUCAUAUCCAGCACUCCCUGCGACUUCUGCUGGAGGAGCAACUGUCCAACAAGGACGGCUUCAACAUCAUUGCGUUCGGAAGCACAAUUGAAAGUUGGAGGCCCGAGAUGGUUGCUGCGAGCCAUGACAACUUACAAAGCGCCUGGCGAUGGGUCCUGAGCCUGCGGUGUCAGGGAAGCAGGAAUGUCCUCAGCGCCCUGCGCAAGGCCGUGGAAGUGGACUUCAAGGACAAAGACAAACAGCAAUCACAGGGCAUCUAUCUCUUCACAGGGGGCAUCCCCGACCAGGACGUGCGCAUGCUCAGCGCCUACGUGGCGGAGGCCUUCGGGGGCUGCGACUUCCAGCUGAACGUGUGUCUCUUCUACGUGGGCGAGGCACAGAUGGACACCACACCGCCCGCCUGCUAUGCCAGCCGCAGCGACACGGCCGCCGCCUACCGGGAAGUCACCCGGGCUGCUGGUGGCCGCUUCCACUGGUUUGGAGACACAGGUAUUUAUGAGAGCGAUGACAUCAAUGCCAUCAUGUCUGAGAUGGAAAAGGCCCUCAGCUAUUCCCAAAAGUGCGCCCUGCUCGUGUCCUCCCUGAAGAACCAGUCUGGAAAAGAACAGGACAGCGCUGCCCUCCUGAGAGAAAAGCCGAAGGCGCUCAAGCCAAGAAGUCCACCCAGGAAGCUCUGUCCCCCCAGAGCCACAGCGCCUUCCGUGGCCAGAAUGAGCAUUAAGGAUGCCUCUGACAGAGAGAAGAGUCCCCCCUUGAAAACUCUACUAUGGCGUCCACUCAGUGGCAAAGUGGGCAUCCUCCCAGCUGCCGCCCAGCCAGUGAAAGAAGGAACUGCAGAGCUGAGGAGGAAGACCAAAUCAAGGGACACAGAGACAUCUCUCUCGCUGUUUUAUACAGAGACGGGGAAUAACGUGGGUUUUGUGUACAGGAAAUACCCUCAAGGGAGAGGCCUAAGAAGGACUAGCUCUUCUAUUGCAUUGCCCAGGAAGGACAGAGUCUGCUCAAGCCAAGAGUGGGUAGCAAAUUAUGGUCUAAAAAGACUGAAGAUGGAGAUCUCCAGAUACUUGGGUCCCAGAUGCACUCAUCAAAAGUCAAUACAGACGUCGGCCUCGGCCUCGGCCUCAGCCAUACACUGCAGUGUGGUCCCCAGCAUAGAGGUCAAUGGCAUGGUGAGACACAUUCAAUGCACGCCCAGGGAACUCGAAGUGUACAUCACAUGCCUGGAGAGGGUGAUGCGACGCUACAUCCAGAGGCUGCAGUGGCUGCUGUCCGGGAGCCGCCGGCUGUUCGGUGCCAUUUUGGAGAGCAAAGUGUGCAUCCUGCUGGACACGUCGGGAUCCAUGGGCCCCUACCUGCAGCAGGUGAAGACGGAGCUCACUCUGCUCAUCUGGGAACAGCUGCGGAAGCACUGUGACAGUUUUAACCUGCUCAGCUUUGCAGAAGGCCUGCAGGCAUGGCAGGACACUCUGGUGGAAACCACAGACACAGCCUGUCACGAGGCUAUGCAGUGGGUGACGCACCUGCAUGCCCAGGGGAGCACCUCCGUCUUGCAGGCAUUACUGAAAGCUUUCAGUUUUCCUGAUGUGGAAGCACUGUAUCUCCUGACCGACGGCAAGCCAGACACAAGCCGCAGGCUUAUUCUCAGGGAAGUCCAAAGACUCAAGGAGAAAAACGAUGUGAAAGUACACGCCAUCUCCCUGAGCUGCUCCGACAGGGCGGCGGUUAACUUCCUGCGAGAUCUGGCCUCCUUCACUGGGGGGCGCUAUCACUGCCCCGCGGGUGAGGACGCGCUCUUCAAAAUGCACGGCCUGCUGACCAGGGGCUUCAUUCACCAAAGGGACCCCGCAUUGCCACUAUUUGAAGGAGAUGAUUUAAGGAGAUUGGCCCAGGAGAUCACCAAAGCCAGAAGCUUCCUCUGGCAGGCCCAGUCCUUCAGGUCCCAGCUCCAGAAGAAAAACAACACCGAGCCAAAGGUUGCUCCUUUUUAGAGACGUGCUUUCAGUCACAUGACUGUCACUCGCCAAGAAGUCCUGCACCAAGCCCCUUUGCAUGGAAUGUCCUUCUGCCACCCUCUGCCUGGCAACUCCUCCUCAUCCAUCGAGACACAGUGCAGAUGGCAUCAGCUCCACCUGUGCUCCAUCAAGAGUGGUGGCCUCCAGCUUUAACCCCACAGCAUCCUGACCUCACAUCCCUCUCUAUAGAGGCGAUACUAUCUGCACUCAGCACUCCGUGUCAUGCUUCCUUGCUCCCUCGUCUUACUCUUCUCCUUGAGCGUGAGCUCCCUGAGGGAUGAGGCUGGUGUCCUGACCCUCUCUAGGUCCCCAGAGCCUGCCAUGUGGCAGACACGUAGUAAACAGUGGGCAUAAGCUUCGUUCUGAGACUCCAGCUCUGGAGACCAGCCAGGCGGCAUUGUUUCUGCUCUGGUCCUCUUGCUGUGUAUUUCCCCACCACCCCGGUCCACGGGGCAACGCAGAUGCACCGUCAGCCCAUCUUGGAGGAAGAAGAGGAACAAGUGAGCCUCACCCUCCCCACCCCCCGUUCAACCAAACUGAACUGAAGUCGGCUCUGCAGCCUGGUCCAGAGCGAAUGCUUGGCUCAAGCGUGUGAAAGUCGAGCUGGAUCUGUUGGGCCACCCCACUGUGCACAUAUGAAAUGAACGCAUCAUGUAAUACGUUACCUGGAGUCAUUCCUAAAACCGGAACAACUGUAUUUCAUUAGUAGAAUCAAAGUUAUUUUUAAACUGCUGUGAUCAUUGGUGUGUGUAUGUGUACAUUUUUGGUGAGAUAAAACUUUAUCAGGUUGCCUGGUGCCUCAGUGGGUCAAGGAUCCAACAUUGUCACUGCUGUGGCCUGGGGCACUGCUGUGGCAUGGGUUUGAUCCCUGGCCCCAGGACCUGUGUCAUGGAAGCCCUCCAGGCAUACUGAAGUUCUGGGGCCAGUGGUGGAACCUGCGCCAGAGCAGUGACCCAAGCUGCUACCGUGACAAUGCCAGAUCCUUAACCUGCUGCACCACAAGAGAACUAUUCCCUCCAAAAAACUUUAUUAAAAGACUCAUAUCUAGAUAUAUGAUGAACUCCAAAAUCAAUCAGAAAAAGAAAAAUAUCCUAACUUAAGUGGACAAAAGAAAUGAACAAUAAGUAUAUGAAUGUGGGUGUAUAUGGCUCAACAACACUAUCAAUCAGUGAAAUGCAAAUUAAACCACAAUGAGAUACCACUAUACGCCCAUCAGAAUGGCUAAAAAUAAAGACUGACAAUAUCAAAGUAGGGAGAAAUUGGAACUUUCACACAUUGCUGGGGUGGGGGUGGGGACAGUAUAAAUUGGUCCAACCACUUUGGAAAACUGGCAGUUUUUACUAACGUAAAACAUGUACUUUCUCUCUGCCAGCAGUUCCCCUCCAAAAGAAAUGAGUGCACAUGUUUGACAAAAGACACCUACAAGAACAUUUAGGGAGUUCCCAGCUGUGUGGUGGGUUAAAGAUCUGGUGUUGUCGCUGCAGCAGCUCGGGUCUUUGCUGUGACACAGGUUCAAUCCCUGGCCCUGGAACUCCUGAAUGCUGGGGGCAUGGGAAAAAAAAAAAUGUUUACAGCAGCUUUAUUCGUAACAGCCAGAGAUUGGAAACUACUUGGUAGAAUGGACAAAUAAAUUGUGACAUAUUUG